CGUUGUGUCCCCCCAUCCCCGUUGCAGGACCGCCUGAGCCGCUGCACGCUGCAUUGCAACGACAAAGCCAAGGACGCGCUGGAGGCGGGCGGCACGGAGGCGCGGGUGCGCGCCCAGCUCGACGCCUGCGUGGCCGCCUGCGGGGACGACCACCUGCGCCUCAUCCCCGCCAUGGCCAAGAAGAUGAAGGACAGCCUGGCCGCCCUCCGGCAGUAGCGGGGCGCCGGGGGCGACGCGCUCAUUAAAGGCGAGGAGCCACA